UGCAACGCGAUUGCUCGGGUCUUCCUCUAUGAACAGCGCAGUAAGGAGGUUCUGGCGUGGAAGAGGCGGAACUACAGUACACUGGGGGAGUUUGUUGUGUGUGCUGUCAGAGCGCUUGGCCGAGCGUGUGCAGUUGCAUGGUGGCUCCAUUUAGGAUUGGAGAGCGUGUGAUCUGGGAGAGGCGGAGGAGAUUGAGGGGCCGGAAGGGCGGAGGAGUUUGCCUUUGGGGGUGGCUUAAGGCUUUGCGGAGCAAGAGAUGCUGGUGGAGAGCCAACGGCCCUCUUGGGCCCCUGCGAUGUUAAGCGGCUGUGUUUGUAAGGAAUCAAGUACAUCCACUGGAAAAAGUGUACCAAAUGAUCUUCCCAGAAGAGCAACUAAGUUGUGAAGAUUAGGAAAAACUAUGAUGAAAAUACUGUGACUUCAGCCUUAAUACCUUAUGUUGACAUCUUUGGUCUGUUCAGAAAUGUUUUUUGCAUUUUCAAGAAAAAAUGUGUCCCAAAAAUUGAGUUUACUGUUGCUGGUGUUUGGUUUUAUUUGGGGCAUAAUGUUACUGCGCUACACCUUUCAGCAUCCAAGGCAACAGAGCAGUGCUGAGUUGCGUGAACAAAUACUUGACCUAAGUAAAAGAUACGUUAGAGCACUGGCAGAAGAAAACAAAAAUAUAAUGAAUGGUGGAAAUGGAGUUGCAAUGGCAGGAUACGCUGAUCUCAAAAGGACAAUUGCAGUUCUUCUUGAUCACAUUUUGCAACGCUUGGUCAAACUGGAAAACAAGGUUGAUUACAUGGGUGUAAAUGGUUCAACAACAAAUACUACAAAUGGAAACUUGAUGCCAGCAACUACAAGCAAACGGGUAAAUGCAGCAAGCAACAUAAGAUAGCAUUCAAAAUAGCUUUACACAGCUGUAUCUGCUAAAGAUCUAGCUCAGUUUUAAUAUAGAAAAGCAGCAGUUGGCUCAAGAAGAUCUGUAUCCUGUUGCAGUAGGUGAUGCUAAACACAUAAGAGUCCUACCUAAAAAAAUUAUAAAGCUCUAAAAAACUGUGUGUUAUAGCUCUUUCACAUAGUAGUGCUGUACAGUAUCUUAUUUAAAGAUAUGCUGGGAACUAAUGUAGGAAGCUAGUAUAGAAAGGUAAUGUGUAAAUUGUUUGAAAUUAUAUGGCAAUUAUGGAAAAGAUAGAAUUAAUAUCUAAAUAUAAAUUUAAAAUAUCUUGGAAGAGUUUUGCUUAAUCUUGUGAUCUGGUUUACUAAUGUGAAGCAAUGAAGGAUAAUGCCUUUAACUUGAGUGCUGGGAAAUAUGUAUACACAAAGUAUUUUCACAUCACUUUUACUAAUUAACUUUUUUUUACACAAUCAUGGUGAUACCAUGGAUAACAUCCUAAAAUGGUGAUCCAAAGAAUGUCUUCUGUUUGCACUAUCUGUGAAAUAGAGAGAGAAUGUAUUUAAAAAAAUACUGUUACACUUGUGAAAACUUAGAAGUAGCAAGAGCACGCUUGCUAGAGAACUAAGGCAAUUAGAUGAUCAGAGUUAGACUGUAAUUUGUGAUGAUAUAUAGCUGUUCCUAAAUAUUUUGAUGUAUGUAUUUAGCGACUAAGACAAAAUCUAAGUCAUAGAAGUCACACUUAUCAGGAGUUGAACAUUGCUGGCUUUUUAUUCAUUGCCUUGCUUAUGAAUAUAGGUUAUCAUACAGCCUAUGAUAAAUGUGACACACUUAAGUUCUUGAUUUUUAAACAAAACAAGAGGGAUGGCUGUGCUUAGAUGAAGGUAAGCAAGACACCUUGAUGUUUACUAAGAGAUGUGCUAAAGGGGCACUAUCUGGCCCUGCUGCUGUGUGCUUGCCUUUUGAAAUUAGUAAUUGAUGUAGAAUGAUAGUGCCUGGUGGAUUUGCAUCCAAGCGCUCUUAUGAUGGACUUGAAAGCAAGUGGGAGCAAAGGUGAAUACUGCCUUAUAUCCAUGUUAGCCUUACAGCAAGAGUAUUGCAGAAUAUAGCAUUAUACAGUGUGCUUUCUGUAUCAUACAAUUCUAAAAUAAAGUGCCAGUCUUGACUUUUGAUCUAUAUGGAAUGGUUUCCAAGUAGUUAUUUCCAUUUGCUUAAAUAUUUUGUGUACUUUUAAACAGAACUUCAUUUAAAGAAAAAGAAAAAGGUCUGUGGUGCAAGAUACACUGUUCGUCCCAAAUGAUUAUUCCUGCAGAUUUAUGUAGAAUCAGGAUAGAAUGAAAAUAAAUAAAAUGAAAUGUGUCUGA